AUGGGCGAGGCGGCCGUGCGCGAGGCGGCCAUGGGCGAGGCGGGGGUGGGCGAGGCGGCCAUGGGCGAGGCGGCCACGGCCGUGCGCGAGGCGGCCAUAGGCGAGGCGGCCAUGGGCGAGACGGCCGCGGCCGUGCACGAGGCGGCCCUGCGCGAGGCGACCAUGCGCGAGGCGGACGUGGGCGAGGCGGAUGCGCAAGGGGUCAGCACGAGGCGGCCAUGGGGGAUGAGGCCAUCCACUGUGGGCGAGGCGGCCAUGCAGUGUGGACGGGGCGACUGGGGAAGAGCAGUAAGCAAGGCAGCUGUGCAUCAUCCAUCCUUGGUUGUGGUGAGGCCUUUUCUUUACCAAUUUCCUCACAGAAAUUUGGGGUGGUGA